AUGCUUGACUACCGUGCGAAGUUUGUUCUGGCUCCGAUGGUCAGGAUCGGAGAGCUUCCAACCAGACUUCUAGCUUUGAAAUUCGGGGCUGACUUGGUGUGGGGCCCCGAGAUCAUCGAUAAGAAACUGCUAACGUGCGAACGUAAGUACAACGACCAGUUGAAGACCGUCGACUUUUUGUCGAAGACAGGGAACAAGAAGGUUCCCGGAAUGACAGACUUGGUAUUCAGGACAUUCCCCGAGAUGGAGAAGGACAAGGUGGUGUUUCAGAUGGGCACGGCGAACGCGCAGUUGGCAGUCGACGCUGCCAAGAUAGUCAUCGAGGAUGUCGGUGCCAUCGACAUCAACGCUGGAUGCCCAAAACACUUCUCCAUCCAUUCAGGCAUGGGAGCUGCGUUGCUGAGCACUCCGGACCUCCUGUGCGAAAUCCUGACUCGCUUAGUGAACGAGGUGGGAAAGCCGAACGAAAAGCCCAUCAGUGUGAAGAUCCGCUUGCUACCGAAGAAGGAAGAUACCCUGGCGUUGGUUGGCAGAUUGGUAAAGACGGGAAUAUCCAACCUCACGUUGCACUGUCGAACAAGAGAGAUGAGAAACAGAGAAGACCCGAUCAGAGACUACGUUGACGAAAUACACCAGAUUUGCAAGGACAACAACGUCACCUUCAUUAUCAAUGGCAAGGUGGAAAGCUACCAAGACUACGCUGGCUUGCAGGAACAGUACGGAGAAGAUGUUGGGGCCAUGGUUGCCUCUGCGGCCGAAAAGAAUCCUACUUGUUUCAACAAAGAUGGCCCGUUGCCAUGGUACACCGCGGCCAAGGAAUUUGUCCGCUUCGCCCAGCAAUUUACCCAUCAUCCUGCAAACACAAAGUACUGCCUUGCAAGAAUGGUGCCGAACGACCACAACAAAAACAAGAUCUAUCACUUGAUCACUAAGGCCAGCACUGGAGAGCAGUUCAUAGAUAUUAUCCUGACAAAGAUGAGUGACACUGGGGAAUAUAUCGGCGAUAGCAAUGCUAACCCUGUCGAAAAGGAGGUCAAGCGGAAAAGUGCGGAAGAUAACGAAGCCUCCACCAAAAGAAUAAAGGUGUGA